AGCAAAUCUUAUUUUCUAUCUACGCGCCACUACGCGGAAAAAAGAACUGCUUAGACGUCCCCGCCUUAAAAACCACUCAUUUUCUUUUGCUUCUUCAGUAUAUAUAUAUAUAUAUAUAUCUCCAAACUCCAAAGCUAAUCGUUGCACAGGUGACAAAGAGGAGCCACGGCCACACAAAUGGCUCCCAAGAACUUGUCCUUCAAGAUAAUCCUGGGUUCGUCCUCCAUGGCACGUCGCAAAAUUCUAGCUGACAUGGGUUUUGAAUUUACAGUUAUGAGUGCAGACAUUGAUGAGAAGAGCAUUAGGAAGGAUAACGCAGAGGAAUUAGUGGUAGCUCUAGCAGAGGCAAAGGCAGAUGCUAUUAUGUCGAGGCUCAAAACAACUGAUCAUUUGGAGGAAAGUGCUCAUCCCACUCUGUUAAUCACUGCAGACACAGUGGCGGUGUACGAUGGGAUUAUUAGAGAAAAGCCAUCAAGUAAGGAAGAAGCGCGCCAUUUCAUUAAAAGCUAUUCUGGUGGUCAAGCCACGGUAGUGGGAUCUGUUGUAGUGACCAACCUCACAAAGGGGAUAAGAAAAGGAGCUUGGGAAAGGUCAGAGGUAUAUUUCCAUGACAUACCUGAUGAGGUGAUUGAUAGCCUGAUUGAGGAGGGAAUAAUACUUAAUGUUGCUGGUGGGUUAAUGCUUGAACAUCCACUGACGUUGCCCUUCGUUGACACUCUGAUUGGAACUGCUGACAGUGUCAUGGGACUCCCAAGAAGUCUCACUGAAAAGCUUAUUCAAGAAGCACUCUAGCUACUGGAAUUAUUCCACAAAUGAAUAUCGUUGUGAUCACAUCUCUUAAAAUUCACUCUUUGCACUUGAUUCUAUAUUACUCUCGCUAGAUUUUUGAGUUUAUGAAGUUGUCUUUCUGAACUGAAGAUUUCGAAACAUGCCAAAGGAAAGCAAGUAUUGGCUUCCAUCCAGAUUUCGGCAUUUAUUCUUUUUUGCAAAUAUCAAUGAAUGGAAGACAUUUACCUGGUAAACAUAUGUUUAUCGCUUUAAUACUCUACUAUUAAGAUUAAAUUGUUUAAUUUGACGUCAAUAUCAUGUGCGUGAUUAUUUACCCUAUGUCACUUCACUUCCUCUAAAGAAUAUAUAGCCUUUAAAAUAGCAAAUCUUUAAUACCAAGACAUCGCUAUACACUAAAUCAUUGUCCUUAUACCUAUAUUACUGGUUACUGUUUAAUUAAAAGCAUGCCACACACUCUUGUACUCAUUCGACGUUGGAAAAUGAUUCAAUAAGAUUAAAUAUUUCAUGAAGAAGCAAUUUUUUUUGAAAGAUACCCUCUUUCCACGGAAUGUACCUUUGUAUUUGUAUCAUAAAAGUUUGUUUAGAUGAAAUUACCUAUCAGCUUUUGUUUAUUUUUGGAUUUUGAAAUAUAUUUUCUCCAAGAAUCUUCAUCAAAAUGGAAAAUGACUUUAUUUUGUUGAAAGAAGUCGAAAGUUAUAUCUCUUUUUAAGUAACCAAACUUUGAUCUCAUAGACUUUCUAAAAAAUUAAAAGAAUUAUUACCUGGUAACUUGUUUCAAUCAUUACUUACACAUUGUUAAAACCUUUACUACUCAAAACAUCACUCUGGACGCUAUCCUUAUAAGCUAUAGUUUAUUCUCCCUCGUCCAUCAAAAUGUGUACCCCUUUCCUUUCGGUCCGUCCUAGCAAGAACGUCAUGAUAUUAUAAAUAGUACUAUGUUGUUUACAGUCAUACAAAUAUCUAAGUAUAUUAUUUUAGAUCAAAAGUUUCAAAAUUUUUCUUUUUUCUUAAAUAUCGUGUUAAGUCAAAUGGUGUCACAUAGAAUGAGAAGGAGGGAGUACUACUUGUACAAUUACUAUUUAUAUUAACCAAACAAGUGGAAACAAUGUGCAACGGUUAAAAUUAGUUACCUAUCUUGACCCCAACUACACAAAGCAAUUAAUUUACGUUUGACAAUCUCUUCAUUAUUCUUCUCCCCACAAACAUUCAUCUGCUUUAUUUUCUAAGUGGGCUUUUGAUAUCAUAGGCCCAGUUAUUCUUUCCAAAUAGUGUAGGCCCAAAUAGUUUCAUUUUGUUAAUGCUCGCGGAUCUCCACUGGCCGGCGAACUGCGGAUCCUCCGGUGGACUUUAGGUUAUCUGCGGUACCGUCAGAGCAAGCCUGCUGAUUGAUUGAAGUCAUCCAAUGGAAGCUAAAUUCUUCCGCUUUCUCAAGAUUGUUGGAGUCGGUUUCAAGGCUAGAGCAGAAUCUGAAGGUCGUCUCUUGUACCUUAAGCUGGGUUACAGCCAUGAGGUUGAACUGACCGUGCCCCCUGCCGUUCGUGUCUUCUGCUUCAAACCGAAUGUGGUUUGCUGCACUGGGAUUGACAAGUAUAGGGUACAUCAGUUUGCUGCUUCUGUAAGGAGUUGUAAGCCUCCUGAAGUUUACAAAGGCAAAGGCAUUAUGUACAUUGAUGAAGUGAUUAAAAAGAAGCAGGGAAAGAAAUCAAAAUGAGAACCUUUAUUCGUGGUUCUUUCUUGGACUUGAGGGGUUUUUGUUCUUUGUAUGAUGCUAGACAAUUUCCUUAUGUAAUUUUUUCUCGUACUGCUUGAGUACUUUAAAAAGUUGAGAGUGGUUGAAGGUCUUCUACCGUAGUCACAGAAGUUGCUAAACAUUUCAAUGACUAUUUCUGUAUCGGCUUUUUCAUCCUUUCAAAUACUAUUAGAUAAGCGACGGAUGGCAUUGAUGAAA